AUGUACGCGGACUGUUCUUUCAACGUUCUAGAACUAAGUCUAGUCCCAGCUUCUCUUGCAAGUUUAAUAAUCCAGUCCAUCGCCAGUGUCCUCCUCAAAAACUAUCACCAAAGAUAUCAUACCGGCAAAAGAUUCCGACUGCUACUCUGUAACAAUCUCAAAGCCAAAUUGCUUGUUGCGCUAUGUCCGCGAAGCUAUGUUGUUAAGGACCCUUCACCGAAGAACUUUAAUUCUGACUCCGGAUUCGACGACAUCUUUACUGACAUGGGCCUUACGGAGAAAUACAAGCAUGGACUUGAGAGUGCACUGCACGCCAAGCUGGCCUUUAAAGCAACAUGGCUGCUUCGCAAGGUUCACAGCUGGGAGCCGUUCAUCCCAAUCACGAUCAACGGGACUCGGCGAUACAUGUGGGAUACCAAUGUCGUCAUGACGAAUUUGACAUGUUUUGAAAAUGCGAGGGACUGGAUGCAGGGGAAUCGAAUGAGGGACAAGGAAGAGAAGCGCCGUGAGAAGAAAAAGCGCGCAGGACAAGCUGAUAGCCAUGCUACACAAACGACGCAGGAGAUGCCGAUAGGAGAGAAACUGGCUCUCUUGGAUCUCAGUCAGCUGGUCCUCCCUUCUGAGAUCUUACUCAUUACGGAGAAGCUCUGGACGCAGAUGCAAGGCGUCACCGUCGAGGUAUGCGAGACCGCCAGCAGGAUCCAGAAGCUGGAGGAGGAGCCAACCGUCAAUGAGCACCCCUCAUACCCCGGUAUCACGAAACGAGCCUCGUAUCGAAUAACUAUUGCCAAAGUAGUCGCUGGAAGCGUAUCAUGCUAA